UUUAGCAGCAUGCGGAGUUGACAAUGGCGAUAAAUGACAGUAUUCGUGACAAUGACAAACAUUUCACAACGGGCAUAUAAUACAAUUAGACGUACGUUAUGAUGCAGUUGCAAGAUGCAUUCGUCAACAGCGGUUACCCUGGCAACGUGUCUGGUUAUCGCAGCAAUUGUCACACAGUCAGCCACUGCACUAGCCUUCCAGGGUUCGCAAGACAGAGCGAAAAGAUUGUUUUGGGUGGACAAGAAAAGUGCCAAUGAAGAUAACACAGUUCUCGUCAGAGCCUCCGCUGCGGACGAUAUAGCCGAAUGCUUCAUUGCUGAAUGCAUCAAGAAACAGCUAAACUGUGAGAUGAUCUGCGGUGUCGACAGACAAGACUGCCAUUCGCUCUGCAAAGCCAAAAAGGACGCGUGCGCCACAAACUGCCUAAUGGAGAACGCGGCUAAUGACGUCAUGAGCCAAUGAGAGUCGCCAACCAAUCACAACAAACGAACUGGCUACACUUUUUGACCGAUAGAAUUGAUUGAACCAACCUGUUUCAAUGUGUGACACGACCUUUUUUGGACGUUGGCUGAGCGUUUAUUUUAAUACGGCCUUUAAAACUUAUCCGCCCUUCUCUUAACUUAAUUAUUUUUAAGAGCCCAUCUUGGUUGUCCCUUAGAUGUAGAGCAACACGUACUCGAAUGGCAAAAGUAUACAAUGGACUUUAUUGACAUGUUUGCUGAACUAUAGAGCUCAUUAUUUGUAAUAAUCGAACGUUGCUAUCCCGAAGAUAUUUUUUAAGUAUUGACAAUGUGACUUCUUAAGAACAAGAUACAUGUGUAUUUGGCAAACAAGAGGCUUUUAAAACUAACGCGUUUGUGUUGAGUAAACGUGACUGAACACCCUGAUUUAAAGUGUAAAUAAAUUGUAAUUAUCUUGCAUGUAUAGAAGCACCGCCAGGCCAAUAAUUGGUGAGCUAGAACGAUUAUGCAACAGCAGACACUACUUCGUGAAAUGAUAUAAAGUAGAGACGUAGGCACAAUUUAGCAUGCACUGAUAUUUUGUUAGCAGUUUGCCACACAAUUAUAGAUUGCACGCUUGUAACAUGCUUUUAGGCCCUAACACAAUCCGUUAGUGAAAGCAAGCACAGCAACGAACGGAGGAGUGAUAGAACAUGUUGAAAUUUAUCUUAUUUUGGUUCAAUUUCUGAACGGAGGUGUAUCGGGCUGAGCUCUUGCUGUAUUUACAAAACCAUGACCAUGAUACUGCCUGUCUGUCAGCCAUUUCGUGCAGUAGCAAUCUUGGUCUAGCUCCUAUAGGCCUACGGCGUUAACAGACAUUCGUAUGGUAAGAUCACCCAAAGCAUCAGACCAAGAAAACACUCGCGAUUAGCUAUGUAAUUUCACGUUUAUAUCGAGGCAUGUCAAUUUGUUUUUCUUAAAUCUGUAUCAUUUUGAGGUUGGGGUAGACAACCUGAUUUUUACGAACAUAAUUGCAGAAAGAAUGCUUAUCAGUGACGGUUGAUGUUAACGAACGUUUUGUGAUCAUGUUUAUUAAGACAUAGUGUUCCUUAAAAUGUCGCGAUCUAUUUCUCAACAAGUCAGUGCUUCUGAGCAUCAAAAAUAAUCUUGAAUAUCGCAACAACAACAAAAGGAAAACAUUUUUUGGGAGUUGCAGUGUGAUUUUGUGACGUUAUAAAAGCAAACAUGUUAUUGGUCUUUUUGCAAUAGAAGAAGCUUUCUGUACAAAGCCGUUCGAUACCACAUAUUAAACUUUAAAAUGUAAUGUUAAUUAUUAACUUUCCCUUUUCUUAGCUAUUCUUAAAUAUCCCCAAUCCUUUUUGUGUUUUCCAAUAAAAACGAUUCAUGCUACAGCUAAACAAAAGUGAAGAAACU